UCCAUUUCACGCUUAGCUCUAUCUCUCUCUUUCAAUCUUAGCUCUAUCUCCCAAUUUGAAGCAAACCAUACAUUGGUCCGUUUCAGGCCUCAAUUUGCUCUAAUGGUGAACAUCCAAGAACAACAUGAACAAGAGGGAGCAAUGAAACCUUCAAGAUUCAAGCGUGUCUGUGUUUUUUGUGGUAGCAGUGGUGGAAAGAACCCAAGUUAUCAGCUUGCUGCUGUUGAACUUGGAAAUGAACUGGUCCAAAGAAACAUUGACUUGGUUUAUGGAGGAGGGAGCCUUGGUUUGAUGAGGCUAGUCGCACAAGCUGUACAUGAUGGUGGUCUCUACGUGUUGGGAGUAAUUCUUAAAACUCUUAUGUCAAAAGAGAUCACCGGAGGGUCUGUAGGAGAAGUAAGAGUUGUAUCUGGUAUGCACGAGCGCAAAGCGGAAAUGGCUCGCGAAGCUGAUGCCUUUGUUGCCUUGCCAGGUGGCUAUGGUACCUUAGAAGAAUUCUUGGAAGUGAUCAGUUGGGCUCAGUUGGGAAUUCAUCAGAAACCAGUGGGGUUGUUAAAUGUUGAUGGGUAUUACAAUUCACUUCUGACCUUCAUAGACAAUGCUGUAGGUGAAGGUUUCGUUUCCCCUGCAGCUAGGCACAUUAUUGUGUCUGCCCCAACUGCGCAGGAAGUAAUGCGCAAACUAGAGGAAUAUGCUCCUCAGCAUUCUGGGUGAGUUGGGAGGAUGAGCAGCAACCGGAA